UAAGUCAGAGUACAUACAUAGACAAAGUGCUGAGACGCUUUAAUAUGCAUGAUUCCAAGAAAGGAUUCAUACCUAUGCAACAUGGCCUGUGUCUAUCAAAAACACAAUCCCCUUCAACUAAGGAAGAAAGGGAACACAUGAAUAAGAUUCCAUAUGCAUCUGCAAUAGGAUCUAUCAUGUAUGCCAUGUUAUGUACUCGACCAGAUGUCUCGUAUGCUUUAAGUACAACGAGUAGGUACCAAUCUGAUCCUGGUGAUGCCCAUUGGGUAGCUGUUAAGAAUAUCCUUAAGUACUUGAGAAGGACUAAGGAAUCAUUCUUGAUAUAUGGAGGUCAGGAAGAGUUGGCUGUAAUUGGUUACACUGAUGCUAGCUUCCAGACAGAUAAGGAUGACUUUAGAUCGCAAUCUGGUUAUGUGUUUUGCUUAAACGGUGGCGCUGUGAGCUGGAAAAGUUCAAAGCAAGAUACAGUUGCUGAUUCUACAACCGAGGCCGAGUAUAUUGCUGCCUCAAGUGCAGCAAAGGAAAGCAAGUCUCAAUCCAACUCCGGUGUAAAGUUAACUUCUAAAGAUAUUGAUUCUGAUUCUGAAGAUGAGUCAGAGCCUGAAAAUGAUUCUGAGAAUUCUGGUGAUCUAGAUUCUGGUGAUCUAGAUUCUGAUGGUGAUUUAGAUUCUGGUGGUAGUCCAGAUUAUAAGUUAUUCUAG